AUGACGGAUACGAACUCUCAAUGGAUCGAGCAGAAUUUGCAACGUCAACGGAAGAUGUUGGAGGACAAACAGAAACAGAAACGACAUCAAAGUGCUGGAAGUGUGAGAACCACAUCGACAGCGAUGAGUUUGAAUAGCAUGAAGGACUAUCCAUCAUUUGACAAUGCGAAUGCAUUCACUAGUCCUUCAACCGACGGUGUUUCCAACAUGAAUGCUCCAUUGAUUCCAACUCAAGCCCCAGUCGCUCCGCCACGUGUUCAAUCGAUGACAACAACACGUCAUAACUCGAUACCUCAGGAGACGCUCAUAAACAUCAACGAUUUCUCUGACAAUGACAUCUCAACGAAACUAUCAAAGAACAACUUGAAUCCAUGUGUGGUCUCUGACGAUGAAGACGAUCGAAGAAGCUACGCAGACAGUCCAUGGCACAAUGAAGUGGUAGCGGAUAAGAUUCCGAGUGAACUUCUUCCAAACUAUGCCUAUAUCAAGAGUAAUUUGGCAAAAUUCGUGGAGGAUCCAGCUCAAGAGCACUGCCUCUACAAGUGCUCAAUUAGUCGUCAAAAGAGCGGAGUUGAUAAGGGAAUGUUCCCAACCUACUAUCUUCAUUUGGAAGAAGUCGACAAGGAUCGUAAACAAAAAAUUUUUCUGUUGGCAGCCAGAAAGAGAAAGAAGAGCACGACAGCCAACUAUCUUUUGAGCACGGAUCCUACUAACUUGUCCCGUGAAGGCGAUGGAUAUGUUGCGAAGGUUCGAUCGAAUGCUCUCGGAACUCAAUUCACAAUCUACGAUUCGGGACAGAAUCCAAAGAAAACUAGUAAUCAAUUGUCGAUUCGUCAAGAGCUUGCUGCAGUUAUUUAUGAAACAAAUGUGCUCGGCUUCAAGGGACCUCGUAAGAUGACCAUUGUCAUGCCUGGAAUCGAGCCACCCACCGAAAAUAAACCAGCAACUCGUUGCACGGUCCGUCCGAUUCAGGACAAGCAUACACUUCUCGAGAGAUAUCGAUUCAAUGAGCUGGAUUCUCUCAAGGUUUUGAGCAACAAGAGUCCACAGUGGAAUGAUGAAACCCAAUCGUACGUGCUCAAUUUUCAUGGUCGUGUCACUCAGGCGUCUGUCAAAAACUUCCAAAUCAUUCAUCAAAGCUCUCCAGAAUACAUCGUGAUGCAAUUCGGAAGAAUCUCUGACGACGACUUCACAAUGGACUUCAGAUAUCCACUUUCAGCAGUUCAAGCAUUCGGAAUUGCGAUGACUAGCUUCCACGGAAAACUUGCAUGUGAAUGA